CCCUCCUCGCCGGCAGCGACCCUACGAGGUACCUGUAUCGCCUGGGUGGCCGUCCCGCUGAUCAAAGUACUACCCGUACAGGCACCUCUUUUAGCCUUGUCGACGUCGCCGGGCGCGGAGCAGUCGGGUAUUUUUCCCUCUCUGCGUCUCUCUUUCAACCGCUCCAUUCGGCCAGUCGGGCGUCCCGUCGGAAUCGCAACAUGUCCAUUGGACCCUCGCGGCCUGCCGCGCCACCUUAUGCUCGACAAAGACCCAGAAGGUCGCCUCCCGCGAUGGCGAGAGAUGCCGCUGGUGGUCUCCACCACCGCGUGACAUCGACGGCGGCGCUUCUGGACCCUCUCGCUGCUUCCGACCAAUCCGUAAGGGAGGCGGCGACGUGGAUAUCUCGGAUCUGGCCCUAGGACCGGUGCGAAUCUGUCGUAUUAACUCCGGCUCCUCUUCCUCUCCUCUGGCUCCCUUUCUCUCCCCUCCAAGACCCUGCCUUGGCCUAGUCGAGGGCGCGGCCUGCUGAUUAAACGAGUUAUCGUCUUGGCCCUGACCUGGCGCGGCUCCCCCUAUGGAGACGGCCAAGGACAGCUGUAUGGCACCCUAGUUGAGGCCGAUGGAGUCUACCCCACAACCCCACGAAUUUCUCCAAUUCCUGGGGUUGGUUGCUUUCUCUUCCUCUCUUCCUCUCGUCAGUUUUAUUAUUCGGUAGCCCCUCCCCCAAGUGACAGCUCGUUGACGGCGACGAUGGACUAUACACCCGUCACCACGUCCUCGGCCAGCGUCGAGGCCACCGAGACCGUCGGGCCGAAGCCCAAGUCGGCGGCCAAGAUGCGCAAGAGAGCGCCCAAGGCCUGCUUGUCGUGUAGGAGUCGCAAGGUGCGGUGCGACGUGUCCCAGCGCGGGAGGCCGUGUAUGAAUUGCUACCUCGACAGCGAGACAUGUGUCGUAACUGGACGAGCGUCCAGGUUCAGACGAGGCCAGCGUGGUGACAAUGACAACACCCACGCCUCCUAUCCUCCCUACGCGACAGAGGAAUGCGCGCAUGGCCGAACUUCGGAAGACGUGAUGAAUUCGCGAAUUAGCGGUCAGCCACCGCUGCCCAAGGAGGACGGCGAGAGCAGCGCGCCGAGACAAGAAGACGCGACAGACCCGGUCGGCCGUGCUCAACCUCAAGCUAAUCCCACGGUGGAGGGAGGGCAAUGGGCCGGGCCGUCACCAGUGCGCGUGUCCGGCGGGUCAAGUCAGCAUCAUCACGGGAACAGGACUUUAAGUCCUACCUCCACAGUCAAAGAAACCGUGACCCUACCGUUAAAUACCUUCAAUUCUUUCAUGUCCCCCGAGAUACCUCUCUGGGUCGGGGACCAGCGUAUCGCCAUGAAUGCGGACGUCACCUAUUCCUACUACCCGUUCAUCCGCAUCGGGAAUCUCCACAACAUUAUGCCCCAGGAUGUCAAUUAUCUCGAGUCGCAGGGAUGCCUUCGAGUCCCAACGAGAGCCAUUCUAGACGAGUUUGUCCAACAGUAUUUUUUGCAUGUCCACCCUAUUAUGCCCAUAGUCAACGAGGGAGAUUUCUGGGACAUGUACUGUGGCCAAAACUCGGCCGGACCGACAGACAGCGUGUCGCUCGUCUUUUUCCAAGCGCUAUUAUUUUCUUCUUGCAACUUCGUCUCGAAGAAUAGCAUCAAGGCGUUAGGAUUUCCUAGUAUUCGCACAGCCAGAGCUACAUUCUAUAGACGCACGAAGCUCUUAUUCGACUUCGACACUGAGGCAUCUUUGAUCGAUCUUGCUCAAACGGCUCUUCUGCUCUCUUUCUGGGCUACGAAUUGGUCUCUUGCGUCGAAGAAGCUGAAUAGCACGUGGCUCGGCAUCGCAAUCCAGAACGCGAAGAGUUCCGACGCCCACCUUUACGCGGUUAAGCCCACCUACUCGGCGGUAACCGACCCAGUGCAACAUAAGAAGCAGAAUACGUUAAAACGAUUGUGGUGGUGCUGUCUCAUUCGCGAUCGCAUCUUGGCCCUUGGCGUGCGGCGCAGCCUCCAAAUAUCCCGCUCGCACUUCGACCUCGAUGCCAACACCGGUCUCGGAUAUACGGAUCUGGCUGACGAAGUCGACCGGUCCAAGGUCUACAACGCGGAUACCAAGCGCUGCCUCAUAGAGAUAUUUGUUCAGCUCGGCGAGCUUUCCUCGGUUUUGACAGACCUGAUCACGCUCGUAUUCCCCCUCGACGACGUGCCGGGCUGGGAUAGGGAGCUAGGCCCCGAGGGAGCCGCGAAAUUGAAAGAGUGCAAGGUAGCGUUGAGAAGAUGGUACAAAGGAGCAACGCUUCGGUUUCCGAUGUUUGGCGGCGGAAACACGCCGAGGAUGGCGACUCCGAAUGCCAAACAGUUCCAACACGAUUCAGUAAUCCUGUACACGAAUUUGAUGUACAUGCACUACCACUCCGCCAGAGCGGUCCUCUGCCACCACGAAGUUCUGCAGUUGGCUGUAGCGUGUACUUCGCCCAACCUAAGCAACAAUCUUCGAGAGUUUGCCAACAUCUACGAGAAUAGACACGAGCUUCAGGACGCGGCAUGCAGCGUUACGGAAUGCCUCAAGGAACUCCUGCAGCUGCGUCUCGCUCGCUGGCUCCCAAUUAGCGCGGUUGCGUGCACGGCAUUGCCCCUCGUCCUCCACAUCAUCGAUGUUAAAUUGUCGUCGCAGAACAAUCACACGAACUGCUCGGCAGAACCCGACCCGCAACUAGCGGCCAAGCAACAUCGUCUGAAUAUUCUCAUCGAGGCCAUGAAGACAUACCAGCCACAGUACGACGGCGUCGACUACAUUAGCGAAACCAUUCGACACAUCAUCAACCUGGCGCAACUAGACGCACCCGCUAAUACAGGUGCAGGCAUCCCAAGCUUCGGCAACAACGGGAAGCAGUCGCGAAUAUCCGACUGGACGGAUAUACUAGCCUCUCAGCCGGGUUACUAUCUACGUCUGGCCAUGACAAUGGAUUUGUGCUUCAGCAAGGGCCGACUAGUAGAGGAGUCCGAUUUCCCAGCCAACCUCCGGGGAUUGUUCGCGGCCGACUUCAGCUCGAUCAGAUCUCUCGUGCUCGGCCGAAAACACGUUUCCGCUGCCGUGAUGACACAAAACCCGGAGACUGCUUACUACGUGACAGCCACGACCUUGGACAUAACGCCCGGGACGGUGCAUUCUCUUUCCUCGGACGAAGAGUCGAACUCGCCCAACUCCCUCGACGGAAACACGAACAGUACCUCCGAAUCUCAGUUCGAUGGUCACCAUGCUGCGGCAGCUUCCAGCGACAUAGAUAUGUCCGGCGUUUUUGCUGGCACUGUCGGCCUCGACCAACUCACGAACGACGUACUCGCUGCCUACGGGCUUAGUGCGGAUGCAGACGCGGACACUUUGAACGAAUCGGAUCAGUCGAUGUACGAGGGACCGGGCCAGGGCGCUGGCCUGGGGGAAGACGACUGGAUUGAGAAGGCGUGGGUUGAUGAGGACAUCGAAGAGUCUAGUGCGGUGACGCACAGUGUUGGCGAAAGGGAAACGACUCGAGUGCUAUUAGACGCCUUACGAGACGAUGCUGUCAGGUGCAGUGUGUAAUGAUGGUUUACAGUUCUGAGUAAUAUGCCUCGGGGCCCAUAUCGCAUAAGCAGGAGUCCGGCCUUGUAAAAUAGGGGGGAAAUGGGGGAGGGGAAAUACUUUGCCUUGGCAGUCUGGAGAUCAUUUCUAGGGACUCGGUAGGAUAGAACAAUGUUUCGGCGUAACGUAAGCCAUUUAUGGAGAUAUCUAGCACGCACGCCUGUG